UCACUGCGAUAUUCAUUAUUAUCCUCCUAUUCCGAGGCCGUGAGUACAUCCAUUUUCUGGUAUUUUUCUGAAGAUCCAGUAAAGGUAAAUGUACAAAAGGAAGACACCCUCAAAUUGAGAUGCGGCGUUGAAAACUUCAAAGGCGGAAGUAUCUUCUGGAAGAGGGGCAAAAUCAUCCUGUCGUAUGGCAAAGAAAUUUUCCAAGAUGCCGACCGCAUUUCAAUAGUGGAUGAUUUGACUAUUCAAAUUGAAAAUGUCACAUUGGAGGAUGAAGCCGUCUACGAAUGCCAAGUGCCUAUAACCAGCAUGCAAUAUUUUAUUGACGUUACUGUCACAAUUCCGCCGAGCGUUGAGAUCCUUCGAAACACCGGCGAGCGUAUUGUCAUGCUGUCUGACCCCCUGUCUAUUGACUGUGUUGGCACUGGAAAACCAGAUCCCGAUAUUACUUGGACAAAGAACGGUGGAGAGUUACCACAAAAUGUUGACUUAGACGGAACUUCCCUGCUAAUCAGCUCCGUCACCGAUGAAGACGCCGGUCAAUAUGAAUGUACUGCAGAUAACGGUGUUGGAGUUCCUGUAAACGAUUACAUCCAAGUAGCUGUACACUAUGAACCCACUGCUGAAAUCGAAACAGAUGUUAUUUAUUCCGGACCAGGCCACACACUCUCUAUUAUCUGCAUGGUGGAAGGAAGUCCUACGCCCGAUGUUAGCUGGUUCUUCAACGGUAAUGCCAUUACUGACUUUUCUGGAAGAACAACAAGGCUCAGCAAAGUGAAGAGCUCAAAAAUUCAACACGAGUUGACGAUACGACCCCUGAUUAUUACUGAUAUGGGACAAUAUGAAUGUUUAGCGAGCAAUCGCUAUGGCCAGUUUAACGAUGCGGUUAAUCUUACUGCUAUACCAAAAAAGGUAGUUAUAACAAGCGAGCAAGUAAGCGAGUACAGCGAGGCUUAUCGGAUUUCAUGGACUGUUUGGUCAGCCAGUCAACUCGUUUCCAACAAGAUAUUACUACGAAUGAAAAGUCACUUGCCAGGUCACCCGAAAAAUCAUGCCUAUAACUACGAUUCACGAAUUGAAUAA